GCUUCCUGUGAAGUCAUCACCAGCAAGACAUGGCUCCGAGCCAUUCUCCAGUCAGUCCUGGGUCACUAAGAUGGCCUGGGGAGAGGUCGAAACCCGUGCUGAGAUUGUCAGGAGGUCGCUGGAACCUCAACACCAUCAGCUGGGUCAGAGCCAGGUCAACUGGGCCCAGGAUGCAAGCCGCCAAACCCCAAAUCGCAGGCACCUAUGGGACAGUGUUCAAGGCCAAAAACCGAGAGACCCAUGAGAUUGUGGCUCUGAAACGGGUGAGGCUGGAUGACGAUGAUGAGGGAGUGCCGAGUUCUGCUCUUCGGGAAAUCUGCCUGCUCAAAGAGCUGAAACACAAGAACAUUGUCAGGCUUCAUGAUGUCCUGCAUAGUGACAAGAAGCUGACUUUGGUCUUUGAGUUCUGUGACCAGGACCUUAAGAAGUAUUUCGACAGCUGCAAUGGUGACCUAGAUCCUGAAAUUGUAAAGUCUUUCCUCUUCCAGCUGCUGAAAGGCCUGGGGUUCUGUCACAGCCGCAACGUGCUGCACCGGGACCUGAAGCCCCAGAACCUGCUAAUAAACAGGAAUGGGGAGCUGAAAUUGGCUGACUUUGGCCUGGCUCGAGCCUUUGGGAUCCCUGUUCGCUGUUACUCCGCUGAGGUGGUCACGCUGUGGUACCGGCCACCGGAUGUGCUGUUUGGGGCCAAGCUAUACUCCACAUCCAUUGACAUGUGGUCAGCCGGCUGCAUCUUUGCAGAGCUGGCCAACGCCGGGCGGCCUCUUUUCCCUGGCAAUGAUGUAGAUGACCAGCUGAAGAGGAUCUUCCGGCUGCUGGGGACACCGACUGAGGAGCAGUGGCCUGCCAUGACCAAGCUGCCAGACUAUAAGCCCUACCCGAUGUACCCAGCCACAACGUCCCUGGUGAACGUCGUACCCAAGCUCAAUGCCACAGGGAGGGACCUGCUGCAGAACCUCCUGAAGUGCAACCCUGUCCAGCGCAUCUCGGCAGAAGAGGCCCUGCAGCACCCCUAUUUCUCUGACUUCUGCCCCCCGUAGGCUCCAGGACUCUGGCUGCCAGGCUGGUGCCUGGCCUCUUUAAGCCCCUCCCAGGAGGGGAGGAAAAGCAGGGGACACAUGGGGUGCUGAGCCUCAGCUGUGCUGGGCUCAGCCAAGGUGGAGGUGCCCGGCUGUGUUCUUCUCUCCCUCCGUGGACUUUAUUUAAUAUCAUAAACUGCCUCCUUCCCCCCAGUCUGGCUGAUUAGUAGGAUGGCUCUGAGAAGGGGUGGCUUGGGCAGGGGUCUUCGCUCUGCUCCAUCCACCCUCCAUAACCCUGCUUCCAGCUCACACUGAGCCCAAAGGCCCCAUCCUUGAUCCGCUGCUCCUGGUGGCUGGGCUCCAGGGCAGCACACAGCGUGGCUGUCCGAGGCUCUCAGCAUGCCCUUCCUCCCUCGGCCCAGGAGGGCAGUCCUGAGGGGUCAGGCAGCCAGUGCCUGAGAGCAAGGGCGGCCUUCCCCGGAAUGGGGAUAAAGGGCUGGGCCUUUCUAUGGCCCUCCAUCCCCCGCACAUGCCUGCCCGGUCCCUUCCCUCCCCACAGGCCUUCAGGCUGGAAUGGGAGAGACUCAAAGAUGUGCUUGGGUGAGGAACACCCCUUCCCCACCUGCUGGUUUGUCAGUUUUCCAGUGUUUGGGGGGUUGCAGAGAAAGACCUGGGAAGGUGGGCUGUGGCCAGGGCCUGGGUGUGCCCUUACUAGCAGGAGCAGGAAGGGAGGGUGUCCACCCUCUCAAGCUGGGGCCCCCAGUUUGCCCUGGGGCUUGGGUCCCAAAUGUGGGAUAAGGGUCCUGAUCUUCUAUGCCUGGAUAGCAGCUGGUGUCCGUGGAAGUGGGCAGCCCGCAUCUUCUCCCUUCUUGCUUCCCCACUUGCCAGGCUGCCUUCUAGUUAUUCACGGCUGGUACCCACAAGGUGGCUGUCCUAUCCCAUAUUCCUCUCUGCCUUCUCACCUGGCUUUGGGCUCCGUUCUCCGAGAAGUCAGUCUGAUAAAGUCCUUCACACUGGA